UUCUUAGUUGUUCUAUAAUUGCCAAUCAUCGUCUUCCUCCACUACUCUUCUUCUUCUUCUUCUUCUUCUUCUUCCGCUCGCUGCAAAAAGCGCUCGGAUCUCAUUCCGUCUCAUUCACAUCAACCAAUACCUUUACCUUUAUUCUCCCAUUUCAUUUCAAUACCAGCCUUUAUUUUCCUAUACCCCAUUUUUUUAUUGGUCAGCCUCAAAAGAUCCACCAUUUUUCUCUCACUUUGUUCAAGGCUUCUCAGAGGUUGGAGAGGAAAGGCUCUUUGGGUAAUAGAAAAGAGCCAGAUCUAAAGAGCUUCAGGGAAUUAUGUCUUUCAUUGGCACCCAACAGAAAUGCAAGGCUUGUUCAAAGACGGUUUACCCAGUUGAGGAGCUAUCUGCAGAUGGGGUUUCUUACCACAAGUCUUGCUUCAAGUGCACUCACUGCAAAGGAACUUUGAAGUUAAGCAAUUAUUCUUCAAUGGAAGGUGUUCUGUACUGUAAGCCUCACUUUGAGCAACUCUUCAAGGAAACUGGGAACUUCAACAAGAACUUCCAGUCACCUGCAAAGUCAGCUGAGAAGCUAACUCCAGAACUGACUAGGUCACCCAGCAAAGCUGCUGGUAUGUUUUCUGGCACACAAGAAAAAUGUGCUACUUGUGGUAAAACUGCGUAUCCACUAGAGAAGGUGACAGUGGAGAGCCAGGCCUAUCACAAGUCGUGUUUCAAGUGUUCUCAUGGCGGGUGUCCUAUUACUCCAUCAAAUUAUGCAGCCCUGGAAGGAAUUUUAUACUGCAAGCACCAUUUCUCCCAGCUUUUCAAGGAGAAGGGGAGCUACAACCAUCUUAUUAAGUCUGCAUCAAUCAAGCGCGCAGCAGCAGCAACAGCAACAGCAGCUGCUGCAGCAGUUGCCAGCAUUCCAGAAGCCUAAAUGCCAAGUUCAUAGUUUAUUUACAUCUGCUUUAUUUUGUUUCAUUGUGUGUUGUCUUAACUGAGUGAGUAAACUUCGUCCAUCUUCGCUAUUGACUUUCGCUCAAUGAACUUGGGCAUAUUCUUGUGUUUGUUUAAUGUAUGUGAUGCCGAGUCUGACAGUUGUAAAACGACCUUUUUCUUUCUCUUCAUUUGUGCAAGUUCAUGUUACUUUCUACAAA